AUGGCCUUUAUCGAGGCCAAGAACUACAUCCACCGUGAUCUGAGGGCCGCCAACAUCCUCGUCUCGGAGGCGCUGUGCUGCAAAAUCGCCGAUUUCGGGCUGGCCCGGCUCAUCGAGGACAACGAGUACACGGCUCGAGAGGGGGCUAAAUUCCCCAUUAAGUGGACGGCGCCGGAGGCCAUUAAUUACGGGACGUUCACCAUCAAGUCGGACGUGUGGUCCUUCGGGAUCCUGCUCACCGAGAUCGUCACCUACGGCCGGAUCCCGUAUCCAGGGAUGACCAACCCCGAGGUGAUCCAGAACCUGGAGCGGGGGUACCGGAUGCCGCAGCCGGACAACUGCCCCGCGGAGCUGUACGAGCUGAUGAGGCAGUGCUGGAAGGAGAGCCCCGAGGAGCGCCCCACCUUCGAGUACAUGAAGAGUGUGCUCGAGGACUUCUUCACCGCCACCGAGGGCCAGUACCAGCAGGAGCCCUGAAGGGCCACAGGACCCGCUCCCCCGUGUUGGGGUGCUGGGAGUGGUCCUCUGUGUCAAACCCCCCCAGACUCCAUGAGCAUCACGCUGUUGGGGGACUCUCCCCUGGACCUCGGCAGUAAAGAUUUGGAGCGCUCCAGAC